ACAAUAAUCAAAGACACACCGAGUCAUGUUUAAUUUUAACAUUAAACAGCAGAGGGUAUAUAUAAGUCGAAUUGGCUCGGUAUUUCACAAAGUUGUAUAACCAGUACUUGGAGGCACUGCAUAUUUUGACUCACAAAACUAGAUACAACAUGGGAAUGACCGACUUUGAUGCUGUUAUCAGAGAGUGGGCCGGACGCCAGGCCCGCACAGUGGGUAACACACAUGGCCCCAGUGAAAACAUCCCCAUGGAGAUCGACUGGAGCAAGGUGAGGCAGUCGACUGUCAAGACAACUUUUACCACCCCUGUCCAUCAACAGCAGGGGUGUGUUACACCUAGAUCUCAGAUCGUCUUCACCUCCAACUACGACAACAACACCGACGAAGUCCAGAACCACACCUUCCAGAUGGACCGGACGACGGAGGCCACGGUAAAGACAUUUGUCACAAAGGGCUUCUCAAAGAACGGAAACGUCGGCAUCCACAUUGACGUCCCUCAGGUUGUCUCUGACAUGACCGGCGUCUUCGGUAGCGACAUCGUCGUCGCCAGUGAGGACCAGAGCUCGGUGAAGCACGCCGUCUCCUGGGGGCUUAACUCCACGGUGAAGGCUCAGCCGAAAAAGAGAACCAUUGCUGAACUGCGUAUCACGGAGAUUGAACAUCACUGCACAUUUGAAGCAGAGGUCAACAUCCGCGGUCGUGUCUUCGUCAGGGUCAACAACGGCGGCUCCACGCAGGUGGUUGAGGGCGACAUUGCCACUAUCCUAAAGGAUGAGCUCAGUGACGCGGCAGCACGGAAUGAUGGCAUGGUGUCCAUCCAGGGAAAAAAGGUCACCUGGAAGGUCGCCGGUGGACUGCGGUUCAAGUUCGGAGUGUCUCAGGACGUCAAGGUGAAGAGCGUUAAAUUGCCACCACAGCUGCCGUGCUAGGACUUUGACCUUUGUCAGUUCAAGCUAGUAAUGUCAUAUCUUCUUCAUGUGAUUACAAUAAUGUACGUACUGUUAAGAACGCCAUUGUCAGACAUGCAGUCCCAAGGAAGACAUGUGAAGCGUGUGUCUGAGGAAAUAUUUACCUUAACUUGCCUUGUGUCUUUUUUUUCGUUUUUAAA